AUGCAGAGAAAAGAGAAAGGGCGAGUUCCUCUCUAUUUAGAGCGAGAUCCAAAGCAGCUUUACUUCGUUACGGGCCUAGGGUGUGUUUUGGGAGCUGGCAUUGGCUCGGUGCGCGGUCUAGUGACUUCUUGGGCGCGGACAGAAGGAAAACCGCGAGGUAUGGCUUAUUUAGUAGGCCGUGAAGCUGAAGCAUUGGGUAGACAGGCGGCUCUGGGUGCGGCUACCUCUUAUCUCAGCGGACUUUUCCUCCAGGAGGCAAGACAAGCCUUGGGCUGGUAG